AGGCCAGAAAAAGAGAAUAAAGGAUGCAGCAAAAGAACUCAGAGAGCUUAUGGAAACUGAAGAUCAGUCAUUUGAUGUCUCAUCUAUACUCAGUAAUAUAGAAUCAGCAACAGAAAUGAUAAAGAAAACAAUCGAAGAACUAGAAAGCGAUUCUGAUCCUGUCCAGCCAUGCAGUGUCAGAAGUAUGCCCCGAGUUCUAUGUGACACUAAAAAGAAAAUGAUUGCAUCUGGUGCAGUAAAGCAUGAUCAUAAAAUGAUGAGAUUUAUGAAAGAUCUCAAAAAAACCCAAAAACCAUUUCCCGCAAUCCAGAAACUGUUCCAGGAGGAGACGUCUUAUAAAUUAAGAAAUGCUUACAACAAAAUGGGAAUUGAUACAAAAGGUUGUGAGACAUGUGAAUUAGAGGAUGAUUCUGAAUGGGAAGUUCAAACACCUUCAGAGGUCACAGCUGAUGCAAAUAUCAAGUACAGUGUCAGCUCCUCUGCAGGGCAGCAUGAAUGUUCAGAGACUGGCCUCCGCUGGCGGUCUGACAGUGAUGUCAGUUUGGAGUAUCAGUUUGUUGACUGGGAAUCAUUACAUGAAGAUAUCAUGAAGAACUACAAACCAUGUGGAACUUUGAUGGACAUCACUGUAACCUCUGGUACUCUGGAGGAAAUUCAUCUACCUCACUUCAUCUGUGUAGAUUCUGUAUCUUCAUCAGAUGAUGCAGUGAAAGCUCUUCAUGUAAACGGCAGUGAAGCUUCAUUGGAGAGAUGUGAACUAACCAGAUUUCAUGCCAAGCUCCUCAAUCCCACCUUCUCACUCUUGGGAGUUAUUGCACAUUUGCAUCAGUACUUCACCAUGAAAUUUCACUGUGAAACUUUGAUUUAUCGCAACAAAAUUGCUGCCCUUAACCUUCAUGUGUACCUGAUUUUAAAGAAUAAAAAACUUAAGAAGGAUGUGAAGGAGAAGGAGAAACAUAAUAUGGAGAUUGUAAAACCAUCACCAGAUAAAGCCCUUAAAAUCGAUGACUGUUACACCCUGAAGACAUCUUGUGACUCCAGAAUCAAACCACAGAAUUUAAAGCUGACACCCUGCAAGGCCAACUUCUUUGAUUUAUACAUUCAAGCUGCAAAGAAACCAAUUGAACUCUAUAUAAUGACAAAAAAAGACAAAACAAUAUGGGAAGUUAAUAUAGAAUCAGAUGAAUUCAACAUAAACAGUCCAGUCUGUUAUCAGCCUGCAGAGACUGUAGAGACCGAUACUGCACCGAAAAGGGAACGCUGCAAAAACAGUAAAGACGCUGAGUUUGUGGAGAAACACGAGAAAGAGCUGAUCAGAAGGGUCUCACUGGUGAAGCCCAUUGCAGACGACAUGAAACCUCUGAUUGGUGAUGAAAAAUACCAAAUCAUCCUAAAAUCAUUAUCAACCUUUGAUCAAAUGAGAGCUCUUCUGUCUUUCCUGAAGACAGAUGCACUGAAAGAGAAACUUUACCAAAGUCUUAAAAUACAUGAGCAUUCCCUUGUUGAAGAUUUGGAGAGUUCUGGGUAGAUGCUCUUUAUGUGUCAGUACAAUGAGUUCAAUAUGUUUUUUUAUCAUUUAAAGCAGACAGGUGAUUAAUUAUAUAAUAAGGUCUGGAGUGCAGUGUGUUGUGUUUACAAACAU